CUCGUGGUGGAUAAAUACUCAUUGCUCGGCAGUUUCUGAUGGAGAGACCAGUGACGAGCAGUAGCACUGAACUAUACUCCAGCACAUAGUAUAGUUUGUAGUUUAAGUAUAAACGUACUAUCUCUAAAAUGGACGUCAUGGACGAAGGACCCAAAUACGGACCGCCCAAAAAAUAUGACCCCACUUUCAAAGGGCCUAUUCACAACAGAGGAUGUACAGACAUUAUUUGCUGCAUCUUCUUCCUGGUGGCCAUCGUGGGGUACCUCGCGGUGGGAAUUGUGGCCUGGUCUCAUGGAGAUCCACGGAAGGUGAUCUACCCUACAGACAGCAUGGGACAGUUCUGUGGACAGGGAAAUCUGGAGAAGAAGCCGCUGUUGUUUUACUUUAACAUCAUGAAGUGUGCCAGCCCCAUGGUUCUGCUGGAGUUCCAGUGUCCCACCCCACAGGUGUGCGUAGAGAAAUGCCCAGAUCGUACAAUGACACUGCUUACUGCCAACAAAAAUCCAAACGAUUGGAAUUAUUACAAAGGCUUUUGUAGAGAAGACCCAGGGUUGAAGACUGUGCCAGACAUUUUGAAACAGAAACUGUGCCCGUCUGUCCUGGUUUCCAGCAAAGCAUUUUUGCAACGCUGCUUUCCAUCUCUGGGCAAAAAGGGUGAAGUCAUCACAGUGGGUGAUAAAGAAACGUUUGAUGACGGAGAGGGAAACACGAGAAAUGCCAAGGACCUUAUUGCCGGAGUGAAGAAUGCCACGGUAGUCAUGGAGGGUCGACAAGUUGCAAUGAAGAUCUUUGAAGAUUACACAAAGUCUUGGUACUGGAUCUUAAUUUGUUUGUUGAUUGCUGUGGUAGUGAGUCUGAUCUUCAUCGUUCUUCUGCGCUUUCUGGCUGGAAUCAUGACCUGGGUCAUGAUCCUCAUGGUCAUUGUUGUCAUUGGUUACGGUAUCGGUCACUGCAGUUAUAAGUAUAUCACUCUGAAGGACACACCUGGUGCUAAUGUAACCCUACAGCAGAUCGGAUUUCAACCUGACUUCACCGUGUACCUGCACAUCAGACAGACCUGGCUUGCCUUCAUCAUCAUUCUGGCCAUCGUGGAGUUGAUCAUCAUCCUGGUCCUAAUCUUCCUGAGGAACAGAAUCCGUAUCGCUAUCGAGCUCAUGAAAGAAGCCAGCAGAGCCAUCGGUUAUGUGAUGUCAGCACUCUUCUACCCUAUUUUUACCUUCCUCCUCCUGACUGUGGUCAUUGCUUACUGGGCCAUCACUGCCGUCUUUCUCUCCACAUCCAGUGAACCUGUUUAUAAAGUCUUUAAUGAAACCGUGUGUUCUCAUUCCAGAUUAACGUGCAACCCUGAGAACUUCACCAUGUCUGAGAUAAAGAGAGAAUGUCCACGCUCAGAGUGUCUCUUUGCUUUCUAUGGUGGAGAGACGCCGUACCACAAGUACCUUAUCUUCUUUCAGUUCUACAACGUCUUCCUGUUCUUCUGGUGUGCCAACUUCGUCACUGCCCUGGGUCAGAUGACUCUGGCAGGAGCUUUUGCCUCCUACUACUGGGCUUUAAAUAAAUCUAAAGAAAUGCCCGCCUUCCCUCUCUGUGCCGCUCUGGGCAGAUCCCUCAGGUAUCACACGGGUUCUCUUGCGUUUGGCUCUCUCAUCCUCGCCAUUAUCCAGGUGAUCAGGGUUCUGCUGGAGUAUGUCGAUCACAAACUCAAGGGAGCAGAGAAUAAAUUUGCCAAAUUCUUGAUGUGCUGUCUGAAAUGCUGCUUCUGGUGCCUGGAGAAGUUCAUCAAGUUCAUUAACAGGAAUGCCUACAUUAUGGUUGCCAUACACGGGAAAAACUUCUGCGGUUCAGCCCGGGAUGCUUUCUUCCUCUUGAUGAGAAAUGUCAUCAGGGUGGUAGUCUUGGAUAAAGUGACAGAUUUCAUCCUGUUUCUUGGAAAACUCCUCAUUGUGGGUCUUGUGGGUAUCUUCGCGUUCUUCUUUUUCUCGGGACACACAGAUGCGUUUAAGGGCGCAGCACCCAGUCUGCAUUACUACUGGGUUCCUAUUUUGACUGUGUUGGUGGGCUCAUAUCUCAUUGCUCAUGGAUUCUUCAGCGUUUACGCUAUGUGCGUGGACACACUCUUCCUCUGCUUCUGUGAAGACCUCGAGCGUAACGACGGCUCCGCGGAACGCCCGUAUUACAUGACUGCUACUCUCCGCGAGAUUCUGACCAAGGACCUGGAUGACCCAGCGGCUCGGACCCCUGCCUCACGAGAGGAGACCAUGCAGCUGACAGUUCCAUACAAAACAGAACAGUGACAUUCGCAAGCAGUAAUGGAAGUAUAAUCUCGAUUUCAUGUCAAGACAAAAUACUCGCAAGACCCAUUGCUAUUUAGCAAGCAAUCGCAGAUAAGUGAAAGUUUGAAAUGACUGGUAAAUGUGUUCACCUGAAUUUGCCUAUUUCACAAAAGGAUGACCGAGACCAGACGUAGGGAUUUCCAUUCAUUCAGCUUGUUUCCUCACAGGCAUUCAUUUUAUAUACCAAAAGCAACAGUAACAUAUGUUGUCCGACUUGUUCAUGGUUUACUGGAAGAUGUAAAAAUAGGGAAAACAAACAUUACAAAAUCAUUGUUUUUUGAGCGAUUUAUUUAUUAUCAAGGUCUGAUAUAUGUUUGACAUAUCAGCAUAAAGGGAACGCUACAUGCCUAACUUCUGGUCUACGCAACUGUUUUGUGAAGUGUUCAACCUACUUCGGGUUCAUACACAUUACGCUGUGAAAUAGGUCUAUUCAGUCAGUUUACUCAACGACAUGUUAAGUACAAAGACUUUUUUUAGUCUUGCUCAGAAUCGUCCUCAAAAGAGAAUGAAAUAUUGGGAAUAAUCAAAACUUUGCUAAUGUGUUGGCAGAACAUCUGAUUUAAAAAUGGCCCACAUUUUCUCUUGUUUAUCAGCCGAACAGCAAGACUUUGAAAUGUCUUUAAAAGAAAGUCUCUUUCUUGUAGGGGUAUCACAAUUUACAGACAUAUUAUUACAGAAAAUAAUUUUGACAUUACUAACUAUGAUUAUUGAUAUUGUGUUAAUAACAUUGUAAAUGAUUUUGAACAAAUAUCUUGUUAAGAGCAACAGUAAUCAACAAUAUUAUUAAUAUUCUGUCAGAUAUGAUCAUUUAUUUAAUUUCAAUAGAUGUCACAAUAUUGCUGUUAUCAUACAUUUUGAACCAUUUUACAUCAGGGCUUUCCAUUAAACAUUUAAGCUGUCCAUCAGCUGUAAGAUGUUUGUGCAACAAGUGUCCCUUAUACGUGUGUAUCUCUGUUUAAAAUGUCCAACCCCUGCAGUUUUCACUGUCAUGGACAUCACCGAGAUGUCUUAAGCCUAUUGCUGCUGAUAACAUUACUGCAUUUUUCCUUAAGCCAUAUUUCUUAACGCACUUUAAAGUUUUGUGUCAAUCGUUGACUCUUGGUAGCGAUGCACAACUAGUUUAAAAAAAGCAAAAACCUUAUUGCCUUCUUGGGGUUUAUGUAAUAAUCUUCUACAACUUUCUAUAACCACCAUGUUUAACCUCACUGUCUGAUUUGGCUGUUCUUGGCUCUUGGGCUCUUUUCUAUUUUGUAAUCUUUACUUGAAACUGUAAUAGGCCUAUGUUCUAUAAGUCUAAUAUUCUGUGCAAUAAACAAUGUGCAAGACCCUUGGGUCAAAAUGCAUUAUCUGUUGAAUUCAA